GUCACUAGUGAGCUGUCAUAUCUACCUACAUCCGCCUGCACUGGAUCACGGAACUAGAGCAAGUUAUUUUCUGCAGUUUAAACUGUUACUACUGAUAGCGAGUAAAUAAACUGUAUCAAGUGAGAGAAAAAAAAAAGGAAAUCAUUCAGAUGUGUGUUUAGCUUUGUAGCUAACCGGACAGUAACUUCGACACAGAGAGUAAUCGACACCGUUCCACAAUUAUCGACCGUUCCACAAUUAUCGAUGGAGGUCAUGGGAUCAUGUUCGUAGGAGCGCUGGCAACAAGAAAGAGUGGAGGAACUCUGUGGAGGCCUUAUGUGCCACAGGGCGCGCAGGAGAUAGUAACAUCUGGCAAAAUGUUGUCUGAAGGCAGUUCAUUUUUCAAAGGCAUGGUCCUGGGAGGAGUCUUCUGUUUGGUACUGUCACUUUUUGGAACAUUUAGUCCAACGAUUCCUCUUCACAUUGAACACCACGACCACCACCAUCUCAAACCCCUCAGCAAAGAGGAGAUGCAAAAGUUAGAUGAGACUCAGAUGUCUGAACUUGCCCAGCAGGUGCGUGUGUAUUGCAUCAUCAUGGUGACGCCUAAGAGCUUGGCGCACUGGGCCGCUGCCAACGAUACUUGGAGCAAACACUGUGAUAAGUCUGUUUUCUACACCUCUGAGUCAUCCAAAGUAAUGGAGGCUAUUGAUCAGCAGGAAAAGGACGAGUGGGUGAGGUUACGUAAAGCAAUCAAGCAUGCAUUUGAGCAUGCAGAUGGCCUCCGCUGGUUCUUCAUUGCCCGGCCUAAAACCUUCACCAUCAUUGAGAACCUUAAAUACCUGGUUCUGGUUAAAGAUCCCAGUCAGCCAUUUUACAUUGGUCAUGUGGAAAAGUCUGGUGAGUUGGAGUAUGUGGAGUACGACAGUGGCAUUGUGCUUAGCUACGAGGCUAUGAAAAGACUCGUUAAAAUAUUUAAUGAUGGGAGUAAAUGCCCUGAGGAAGGCUAUAGCUUGUGGAAACUGAGUGAAGAGAGACAGCUUGCUACAUGCCUGAAGCUCACCGGUGUGUUUGCUGAAAAUGGAGAAGAUGCUCAUGGCAAGGGGCUCUUUAACAAAAAGAGUGUGAACACGCUCAUUUCUGAAAGCAUAUCCAAGAACCCUGAUGAUGUUGUGGAGGCAUGUUGCUCCGACAUGGCCAUCACAUAUGGUGAUAUGUCCCCCAGCCAGAUGCAGGUCAUGAUGUACGGAGUUUACAGGCUGAGGGCGUAUGGACACAACUUUCAUGACUCCUUAAUGUUUUUACCUCCAAAAAACUCAGACAAUGACUAAUCACCAAUACUGAUGGACCAAAAACGUUGUGCAAUGGAAGGUCCUUCAAGCUUACAUUGCCAGAGCACCAAUACACCACUGUAAACUGUUGGUUAAAUGAAAUGUGGUAAAAGAAUUUUUGUCAAAUAAAGCUGAAUAAUGCUCUUUGGUAGCAUUAUUCAACUUUGUUAUGGCUCCAAGAGGGUACUGGACAUUCUGUAAUGAAUACAGUAUAUUUAUGACAAGUUUAUGUCUCAACUUGGUGAAAUGUUUCUUCUUUUCCUCUUUGACAAAUUUUGGGGUAAUUAUUAUUAUUUUUUUUAAUCUAGUGAUGCAUUCCGAAUACACUGCAACCCUGCCCAGGUUAACCCCUUCGGACACAAGGAAAAAUGCUAUGGAACUUCAUGUGUACAAUUGUACACAUUAUGUCCGAAGGGGAUGAAACGAUCACUGAAGGUGAAUGAAUAUUUUAAAAAAGUAUUUUUAUAGCUAGGGGUAGGAAAUGAACCUGCCCCAAGAACAGAAACCCAAAGACAUGUUCCUGCAUAUUUUGGGCUUUACCUGAGCACCUAGAAAUAAUCUUUAGAAUUGUGUUAUUUCUAAAUUGUUUACAUUAGUAUUGUACAGUAAAUAAUGGUGAAAGAAUGAAUGAAUGAAUAUUAAUCAAAUGAUUAUCUUAAUGAAGUACGGCAGUGAUUACCUUGAUUUCAUUGUUCCUGCAUCCAUAGGACCAGAAAUCUUUUGACGUUUUAAAAGAUCAAAUGCUGUUUUAGCCGCGCUGAACCUAGGGCUGUAAUGAAGGGUGAUCUUUUGUUAUUGUGUUUUAAAGCUAUGUUUUUGGUUUUCUGUGAAUAUGGUUUGGCAGAGGUUUAUUCUAUAUGUGGAUAAAAAGAGAUGUGAAUUCACUGGA